AUGAAAAUAAAUUUUCAGGAUGUAACAGAUACGAAGGGAAUAGAGUUCGAGGAUUUUUGUUUGAAGCGUGAUCUGCUAAUGGGUAUCUUUGAGAAGGGCUGGGAAAAGCCCAGUCCAAUCCAAGAGGCGUCAAUUGCGAUUGCUCUUUCGGGACAGGAUAUAUUGGCACGUGCAAAGAAUGGAACUGGAAAGACGGGUGCCUACUGCAUACCAUGCAUUGAGAAGAUUGAUCCGGAGCUGAAGAGAAUACAAGCGUUGAUUAUUGUGCCAACGAGGGAGUUGGCUUUGCAAACGUCACAAAUUUGUGUGGAACUCAGCAAACAUCUGAAGUUUAAGGUUAUGGUGACGACUGGUGGGACGGAUCUUCGUGAUGAUAUAUUGCGUUUGAAUGGUGUUGUGCAUUUGGUGGUGGCGACUCCGGGACGAAUUCUUGAUCUUAUGGAUAAAGGUGUAGCAGAUAUGUCGCAUUGUAUAACGCUGAUUUUGGAUGAGGCUGACAAGUUGUUAUCGCAAGACUUCCAAGGCAUUCUCGAUCGCGUCAUCAAAUUUCUGCCACCCGAACGGCAGAUAAUGCUCUAUUCGGCGACAUUCCCACUCACAGUUGCGACGUUCAUGCAGAGACACAUGAAGAAUCCUUAUGAGAUCAAUCUAAUGGAAGAGUUAACACUGCUCGGUGUGACACAAUUUUACGCAUAUGUUCAAGAGAAACAAAAAGUUCACUGCCUCAAUACACUCUUCCGUAAGCUACAAAUCAAUCAGUCGAUAAUAUUCUGUAAUUCGACACAACGCGUCGAGUUGUUGGCAAAGAAGAUCACCGAGAUUGGUUAUUCAUGUUACUAUAUCCACUCGCGUAUGGCGCAAAACCAUCGUAAUCGUGUCUUCCACGAUUUUCGUCAAGGGAAUUGUCGUAAUUUGGUGUGUUCGGACUUGUUGACACGUGGUAUCGACAUUCAGGCGGUUAACGUUGUGAUCAAUUUCGAUUUUCCACGUAACGCCGAGACAUAUCUUCAUCGUAUUGGACGUUCGGGUCGUUUCGGUCAUUUGGGUAUUGCAAUAAAUCUCAUCACUUACGAGGAUCGCUUCACACUGCGACGCAUUGAAGCCGAACUGAGAACACAUAUCGCACCUAUUCCUAAGUCAGUGGAUCCGAAAUUGUAUGUGGCCGAACACCAGCUGGUUGAUGAUAGUGUUGAGGCAGAGAACACAAUGGCGAAUGCGACCGCUUCUGUUGCCGCGGCAGCAUCUGCGUCCGCAUCCGCCUCAUCAUCAAAACCAGUUACAGUUGCUUAG